UAAAUAGGUAUGUGUACUACAUACAGAAGAUAUUUUGAAUUUGUAGAUAUUCGAAAUAACCAUUAAUAAUGCCUGAUUUUGAACGCGAAAUGGAGACGUACAUCGUUAUUAAACUUCCAUUUUUCAGCGUUCCGUGAAAUAAACAAUGGAAGCAAGUCAAGAAAAGCAACUCCCUUCACGGGGGUUGAAACAAGUAAAGGUAGAUAACUGGGGAACAUUCUUUCUUCAACGACUUCAGCAACUUUAUUUUGAAGAAGAAUUACUUGAUCUCACAGUUAAAUUUCCCACUAGUGAUAUCACUGUUCAGGCUCAUCGUUUAGUCAUAACAACAUGCACAGAUUAUUUUGUGCAAUUGGAACGUGAACAAAAGGAGAAAGAUAAAAACUUUGAUGGUGUAAUCAUUAUGCCUCCAGAUAUGCCAUAUGAGUGUGUCAAGUCAAUUAUAAGUUUUAUGUACACUGGUCAAUUGGAAUAUUGGACCUCUGAGCAACAUGCUCUGUACCGCACCGCGCAGAAAAUGAAUAUGACUGUCUUAACUAAGUUGCUUGAUGCACAAUUUAAUACUGCUCCUUUACAAAAUGAUCAGUCACCAAAGUCCACUUCACGACAAGUGAUAGCAGUCUCUAAGCCUUCAACGUCUAGCACAAAACAGACAACUACACCCACUUCAUCGCCGGGACUUUCAAGUCAACCAUUGCCAGGUAGAAAAUUGCCUAUUUGGAAAAGGAAAUUAGAUACACCACCGAGUACACCGUCACCCAUCUUUGAAAUGCGAACAUUCCAUGGAAUGACCUCAACGAAUAGGCCUACAGAGGUAACUCCUGGACCAUCUCGAUUCGAUCUUCCCGAAGCCGAAGAAUUUGCACUCGGGGUAUUUUCAUCAUUCGAUGACAUCACUUACAAUACAAAACCAAUUGUUCAAGCACCAGAUAAAUAUAAAAGAGAUAAUUCACCCAGCGGUAAAUGUUCACCAGAUAGGGACAGUAAUAAAAAUGACACAACCGAAGAUGAAGAAGACGAAGGUCAUACGAACGAGAAGAGUCUGAAAGAAAUGAAUUCGGAUGACGAUUGGUCCGUAGCUAGAUGUUUUCAAAGAGGUCAAGAAACACAGCCUUCGCCGUCAAAGAGAGUACGAUUCGACCUUGAAGAGAAGGAAAACAUGGAAAAAGGAAAAUCGCCGUACAGGACAAAUUCAGACGAUUCGAUUAAUAAUCAUGCGAAAAUCAUUCGAGAGGUGUUGAAGAAGUACCCUCAUUUAGUAAAGAAUAAUACAAAUAUACGUUUAAAGAUAAUGCAGAAGGAGGCAAAAUCGUCCGAGAGUAAUUCAGCAUGCAAAACUAAAGUUUCUUACGUUGUUCUAAAAUCUGAUCACUUGAUGUCAAGUAAUAACGGCGAAGAAAAUGAAUCAAAAAGUAAUGGAAACGUCGAUGGCGGCGAGACUGGUCCUUGGAAAUGUACUAAAUGCGAUAUAGAAGAAGAAUACACAAAUUACUAUAUGUACAGAAGGCAUAUGCAAGACGUGCACGAAGAAAAAUUCGAUCCAAGAGUUUGCGAGCAUUGUGGCUACAAAGCGACCAAACGAAAUAUUCUGAUGUAUCAUCUUUAUACAAAACAUAACGUACCUCCCCCGAAAAGCAUGUGUUUCCCGAAGUGCCAGGCCUGCUCAUACGUAGCACUUUCAGAGACGCUCUUGGUAAGACAUCAGAUAAAUCAUCAUCAUCGUCCAUCUCGUCAGCAUUCAUCAACGACAGACGAGCUUCAAUGCACGCAGUGUUCGCAAACGUUCAAAGAUGUCCACGAAUUAACAGCGCAUGAAAUUAAUACCGGCCACGGAAAUCUGUCGGAUGGAAAGGAUAAAGGUCAUCGUUGCUCUCACUGUGGCAAAGUUUUCGUACGCGCUACAAACUUGCAAGUUCACCUCGAUUGCGUACACAAGGACUUACGAGAUCCGGAAGCGGCGUCCUCGCGACCAGUUUCAUCGGUACCUUCAUCGGAAGCGGAGGCCCUUAGUCACGUUGCGAGCGGAAUAGCAGCUUCCUUGGGUGUUGGAGAAAAUGCUUCGGCAGAAUCUCCAGACAUUGGGGAAAACGAGACAGAGUACGUGGUGCCGGAAAUGGAAUUAAACACUAUGACAAACGAGAUAACCUACACCACUCACGGGCUUGGCGAGCAGCCCAUGAUUAUGCUUAUCGAUAAUGAAAAUUAUCAGCAAGGAGAAGGCGAACAACAACAGUUGCAACCGCAACAAUUGAACAUUUCCGACAACGAGCAGAUCGUAAUGCAGGGUACAGAAGAUGGAAUGAUCGUUUAUAUUCAUGGAAACGAGGAAGGAGACCGACAAACGUACGAGCAGUAUCAGUCAGGAGAUAUUACUGAGGAAACUGAAGAAAUAGUGGAGGAGGUCGUUGAAGAAGUAGAAGAAAAAGUAAUGGAAGAAGAGGAAGAAGAAGAAGAAAUGCAAGUCGAACAGACGGAAAUGUUGGAGGAGAAUGUCGAGCAAGUGGAGGAGGUUAUACAGUACGUAGAAGAACAGACGGAAAUAGUGGAAUAUGAUGAGCAGUGUAGCGAACAAAGUAACAGUGCAGACGAGCCUCAAGAAUCGGUUAUGAUCAUCGAAGAAGAACAUGUCGAGGAAGCAGAACCUGAUGCUGAAAGGAAUGAUAAAGAAAAUGAAGCAACAGCAGCAACAACCACAACUACAACUUCAACAACAUUUACCGAGUGGGACGAGGAUAGUAGAGAAUUAGUUGAAUCAUAAAUAACAAUAUUAUUGCGGUAAAACGAUCGGCCAGCAAAUCCAACUCCCGAAGAUCUUGAGUUCAAAUCCUGCCGUUCGCAUCCUCUUUUUUUCUAGACUAUAUUACACAGGCUUUAUUCUUUCUUAUUUUUCAUAAGUGUCUAUGAUCAACAAAAGAAUAUGUUUCAGUUGCAUUUCAUUCCGUUUCUUCGAUCUAUUUCCGUAUAGUGAAUUAAGAAAAUCGAUUUCAGUAUAAAAAUAAAAUGUAAAUGAACAAUCUUACCUAAAGAAGAUUAAUUAUUACGAACGAAGCUUUUACGAAAUGAUGAUCCGAUUUGCGUAAAUUGUGUUUGAACAAUUGCUAAAAUGGUAAUUUUAAGCGAGUCUUCAAUUUCUGGAGUUCUUAUUUAAUUAAUCACAUUUAUCGAGAGUUGUUUAUGAAUUUUUUAUAUUUUCGAUAAUUGUAAAAUUUGUUUGAACUUAUACUUGUACAAGCGUUUGUCAAUGAAGAAACGUGCAAUGAAAGCCAGAAAAGGUAGAAGCAUGGACUUUAUAUGUUUAACCGCUGAUUGCACAUGUUCAAUACGAAUAUUUGAAAUAAAAUGAUUUUAAAAAUUCG